AUGUCCGUCACACUCCCCAUCAUCCACUUCAAUGACGUCUACCGCGUCCGCCAGAACGACAAGAAGAGCGGCGGAACCAUCGGCGCGGACCAGUUUGCCGCCAAGAUUCAGUCCAUCCGCGAGUCGUGGGGCGAGCCGUCCGAUCUCGCCAACCUCCCGCCACCGCCGCCAUCCGACGGCGUUCGUGACUGGUCCAAGCAUGCAACCGCGCGCGAGCGCAAGGGUCUCGUGCUCUUCAGUGGCGACCUCUACUCGCCCUCGGUAGAGUCGAGCGUCACCCGAGGCACCCAUCUCGUGCCCGUCAUCAAUGCCUUCAACCUCGACUGCGCCUGCCUCGGCAACCACGACUGGGACUUUGGCUAUCCACAUCUCCAGACCCUCAUGGCGCAAAACAACUUUCCCUGGCUCUUCUCCAACGUCGUAGACCGAUCCAACGCCACUGACUCUGCCCAGGACAAGGAGGAUGGCGACAGCGGCAGCACCAACUGGGACGAGGACUUGUGCGACGACGAUGCCCAGGUCGCCGGCACCUUGCGCUCCUGGACCACCACCGUCCAGGGCGUCAAGGUCGGCUGCAUCGGCAUCGUCGAAAAGGAGUGGAUCGCCACCGUCCCCAACUUUCCCCACGGCUUUGUCUACCGCAACAUGGCCAAGACGGCGCUCAAGCUCAGCCAGAUCCUGCGUGAUCCCGCAGGCGAGGCGUGCGAGCUUGUCAUUGCCAUCACCCACAGCCGGCUGCCCAACGACAUUGACUUUGCCAACGAGGUCGGUGCGGUCGCCAACCCCGAUGCCACCUCCCACGGCGUCGAUCUCGUGCUCGGCGGUCACGACCACAUCUACUACGUCGGCAACGGCGCAGCCCACUACGAGGGCGACGCCUUCCAACGCGGCGAGCCAGGCACCGAAAACGACUCGGCCGCCAUGGUCGUCAAGUCCGGCACCGACUUCCGCGACCUCUCCGAGCUCAAGCUCGAGCUCUCCGAGCGCGACGACGCCGCCGUACGCAAGCGCACCAUCCGCAGCCUCAGCGUCAAGCGAUACCGCACCCAGGCCUCCGACGCCUCGCUGCCAGCGGUCAAGACGCUGCUCGACGAUCUUCUUGCCAAGAUUAGCAAGUCGACCGGUCAGAGUGUCGCCUACACGCUCACGCCCUGGGACGUGCGCAGCGAAAAGGUGCGCACCGACGAGUCGGCGUUUGGCAACUUUGUCGCCGACGUGCUCAUGAACUCGUACGAGGAGGUGCUGCGCGAACGCGAUAACCGCGGCGAGCUCAGCGAGCGCCGUCCGCCCAAUGCGCGCGAGGUCGACUGCUGCAUCAUCUGCGGCGGCAGCCUCCGCGGCGACCAGGUGUACGGCCCGGGCAAGAUCGCGCUCUCGGACGUGCUCGAGAUCCUGCCCUUCGAGGACGCCGUCGUAUGCAAAGAGCUCAAGGGACAGGACAUUUGGGAUGCGCUGGAGAACGGCCUGUCUGCUUGGCCCAAGCAGGAGGGCAGAUUCCCGCAGGUCGCAGGCAUGAUGGUCAAGUGGGACUCCACCAAGCCCCCUGGCAAGAGGCUCGUCAGCGUCGAGCUGCUCGACAACCCGCUCGACACGCCCGCCUCGGCGCAGCCCAAGGAUGCCAAGCACGAGGAUGCCGACGUGGGCAAGCUGCGUCGCUUCUCGCUCACCGAGCUUCCCGGCGGCGGAUACGAUCUAGAGGUGCACAGGCCGGCGUUGGUGAGCAGGGGUGCGCUCGAGAUGGACAAGACCUACCGCGUGGUGACGCGCGAGUAUCUCGCCGAAGGCUACGACGGCUUUGACGCGCUCAAGCGUGGCCGCUUUGUCGUGGACCACGAGAACGGCCAGCUCAUGUCGGCGAUCGUGCGCAAGUUUCUGCUGGGCGCCAGCUAUCUGUGGCGCAUGAAGCAGAUCCGUCGGCUCCAGGACGGCCAGAGCACCGACGGCUCGGCGGCGCUGCCGGGACCCGACGGACCGAUGGCCGAGGUUGGGGACGACAAGAUGCGCGACGUGGACACGUUGAGCAAGCGCACGCGCAUCGCCAUCACGCGCGCGCGCUCGCUCAACCUGCUCAAGCGUGCCAUCAAGCCGAGCACCCAGACCGAGCUGCCCACGAAGCCCGUCAAGCGCGGCCGCGCCGGCUCGGCGGGCGAGUGGUGCAUGGUGGUCGACCAGUCGCCCGGCGGCUUCCGCGACGCACUCCACAUCGGCGGAUCGGAACACCACUCGGCCUACGACUCGGUCUCGCGCCGCUUCAACGAGCCGCUCACCACACCGCACUCCUCUGCAACCUCCACCGCCGCCGCAGUUGGUGGUGUCAAUGGGGCAGACACGGCGUCUCGUGCUGCCAAGCGCACGCGCACCGACGCUGCGCACGGAGGCCAUGACAGCGCGCUAUUUGAUCCCACGCUCGCGUCGGGUCUGUUGACGCAGAUCCGCGAGCUGUUGGCGCUCGUGUCGCGCGCAGCCGCGCAGGAUGGACAGCUGUACACGGGCGACACCUCGUCGGACGAGUCUGCGGCUGCUGCGCAUGACGAAGCCGAGGGUGGCGAUGCGGCGAUUGCGCUGGGUGCGACUGCGGACGAUGGCGACGACCAUGCGGCGCUGGCACUGCUUGCGGCAGGUGCAUCGCGCGCUCAGCGGGGCGAGCCGACUGCACUCGAGAGAGAGAUCGUCUCGCGCGCCACGGCGUUGCGCGCAGCAUUCAGCACGCUCGAGGAGGCCGCAAAGACACUCCCCGGCGCGGCGGAGAUGGGCAUCACCGACCAGCGUCGUCUGAUCGCAGCACUCGACAGCCUCGUCCGCAAGCAGAACACCGACCUGCAAAAUCUCCCCCACCCCAAUGCCCAUCCGCCCAAUGGCGAGCGACACGCAAAGCCGGCGUUUGGCAAGGGGGCUGUGGCGUCCAGCUCGUUCCACCUCGAUCAGGGACAGAUGGACCAGCUGCGUUCAGACAUUAGUGCGGCGACGCAACCGCGUGCCGACGACAUGAAUCUUGCCUUUGUAUCGCCACUUGUCGAUGGCCGACUUGUCGACAUUGCACGCUCCACCUAA